AUGAAUCCACAACCAGAGAUUUCUCUCAGCACUGGAAUCUUUCAGUCCAACAAUGAGUUGCCAGAGGGCACUGCUUAUCCUGAAGCCAUUGUUCAAGUGCUUAAUAUCAAGAAAGUACCCAAUGGACAAGGUCAGCCUGGCAUGGAGCGAUACAGACUGAUGAUUUCGGACGGAGUCAACUAUAUUCAAUCCAUGAUCGCAUCACAGCUGAAUGAAUUGGUUAGUUCUGGAAGCAUCACCAAGUUUGGAAUCAUUAAACUACAAAAGUAUAUUUGUAACACUGUUUCAUCCAAGCGUAUUUUAAUUAUUCUUGCAUUGGAAAAUUUGACUCCAUUCAAUGAUACUAUUCAACGAGUUGGAAAUCCUGUGAGUUUGGAUGGUAAUACUGUUACAGAUCCUAAUGCAGCUACACACGCGCCAGCAGUUGGUAGUGCAUCUACAUUCGGACAACAACAUGCUCCUGCCUUACCCACAUCCUCCUUUUCUCGGCAACAGGGACAGCAACCCAUGGCAUUACCAUCCAAUUACAACCAGCAGGCGGGUAGAUCUGCUUUAUCUGGUAGUGGUAGCAGCAAUAUGCCUUAUGGGGGCGGCGCUUCUACUGUUAACAAUGGAGAUACCGCAGGUCCAUAUUUUGCCAUCAAAACUCUUAAUCCAUAUCAAAACAAGUGGACAAUCAAGGGUGUUAUUAUCAACAAAGGAUCUGUUCGUACAUGGAACAAGGCUGGCCGCGAAGGCCGUCUCUUCAACUUUACUAUUAGUGAUGACUCGGGUGAUAUCAGAUGCACUGGAUUUAACGAGGCUGUGGAUAUGUUUUAUGAAAGCAUUCAAGAAGGUCAAGCCUAUGUCAUUUCCAAAGCCAUGAUCAAGGUUUCUAAUCCAGCUUUUAACAAGGGCGGCCAUGAUUAUGAAAUGACAAUCGAUCCUCAUACAAGCAUCACUGUUUGUAAUGAUCCUAAAUCUAUUCCUCAAAUCAAGUACAAUGCUUUAACUCUUGACCGUUUGCUCGAGGUGGAAAAAGAUGCAGUGAUUGAUAUCCUUGCAGUGGUCAAGGAAUGUUUCCCCGUGAGCGAGAUCACCACCAAGGCAAACAACAAGCUCAAAAAGCGAGAUUUGAAUAUUGUGGAUGAAUCGGGCUGGCUGGUUCGCUUGACCCUUUGGGGAAGCCAAGCAGAAACGUUUGAGCAUUCUGAUAAUCCAGUGAUUGGCAUCAAAAAUGCUCGAGUUGGUGAUUUUGGAGGACGCACACUGUCAGUAGCUAUGUCGUCUACUCUGACCUUGAACCCAACUAUGCAAGAUGCUUUUCGUCUUCGUGGCUGGUUUGAUGCCAAGGCGUCAAGCAUAGAUUUUCAUACUUAUUCUAAAAGUAGUUCUGGUGUUACUAGUGGUAAUUCAACACAUAGCAACCUCAAGACCAUUCAACAGAUUCAGGAUGCCAAUCUUGGCAAUGGUGAAAAGCCCGACUAUGUUUCACUAAGAGCAUUUAUUUCGUUUGCCAAACGGGAGAAUUUAUGGUACCCAGCUUGUCCCAACGAAGCUUGCAGAAAUAAGAAAGUUGUUGAAAUUGGAUCUGAAUGGCGAUGCGAAAAGUGCGACUCCAACUAUCCUCAUCCAGUUUAUCGAUACAUUACAUCUUUUAGUGUUUCAGACUACACAGGCCAAACAUGGCUUCAGGCAUUCAACGAAACGGUCGAAAAGGUUUUGGGAAAAACUGCCAAUGAGAUGCAGAAAUUGGUUGACACGGACAAGGAUGAGUUUGAUCGUAUCAUUGAGCAGGCAAUAUACCAAGAGUAUGUGUUUGACGUUCGGGCCAAAGCAGAAAUGUAUCAAGAUGCCAAGAAGACGAGACUGACGAUUGUUGAGGCUAAAGAGGUGGAUUAUGCGGCAGCAAGUCGGGAAAUGCUGGCCACGAUCAGCAGUGUAUUGGGCUGAAUCUAGUCACUUGUCUUGACUAGUUUUAUUCCGACUUGAAGCGUGAAUAGGUUGCAUUCCAAAUGAAAUUGGGAUUUUAUACCAAACAUUGAAUAAAGGAAUCUGCAUAUUGAAUUG